ACUCCGAGCAGCCCGGUUAGGAUGGGAGGCGCGCAGAGCAUCGCUUUUAAAAGGGCGCAUAAGGCGUACACUGAUUAGAGGGAGCUGGAUUAAAGGGGAUGCGAGUCAGGAGGCUGGAUACAGUGUGAAAGGCGUCAGGGAGGAGCGCUCCCUCAAAAGCGAGCGGCAGAGUCGAGCUGUGUAGCAGUGGAGCCUGAGAGAAGCAGCGGCCAGACAGGGCGCAGCAUCGUUGAUUUGAGGAGCUGCAACUACACCGAGAGCUGCUAGGAGGCCCGAGCGCGCCAGCAGCUAGAAAAGCCUCCGUCCAGAGGAGCAGAGCCUGUGGAUGGACAUUGCUGGCACCCAUGGCGUCACAGGAGCUUGUGGACGGGAGAGACUCUUCCGCUGAAAAUCUGAAGCCAGUAAUGGAGGGCGGCGUUGUGCCCAGCAGCGGCAAAACCUGCCCCGUCCACACGGUGGGCGGAGAGGAUACAAAGAGGGGCUUCCGGAAAGGCAUAAGCAGGCAUAAUGACUAUGUGAAGAUCUCUGUGCUGGAGUCCAAAGUCAACCGUCUGCCCAUGGAGUGGUGGAAGACGGCCAUCGCUUUCUUUUAUGCCGUUUUCAACCUGGUCCUGACGACGGUCGUCAUCACAAUCGUCCACGAGCGAGUCCCGCCGAAAGAAACCAGCCCGCCCCUGCCUGAUAAGUUUUUUGACUAUAUUGACAGGGUCAAGUGGGCGUUCACAGUAACAGAGAUCAAUGGCAUGGUGCUGCUAGCCAUUUGGUUGAUCCAGCUGUUCUUCUUUAGAUACAAGUCAAUCGCAUGUAGACGGUUCUUCUUCCUCAUCGGCACCCUGUACUUGUACCGCUGUGUCACCAUGUACAUCACCACCUUGCCUGUACCUGGCAUGCACAUGACCUGCGCUCCUAAGCUUCACGAAGACUCCCAGGCAAAGAUCCAGCGGAUUCUGCGGCUGAUUUCAGGCGGAGGGCUCUCCAUCACGAACUCCCAUCUCUUGUGUGGAGACUUCCUCUAUAGCGGACACACCGUAAUGCUCACCCUCACCUAUCUGUUCAUUAAGGAGUACUCUCCGCGGUCCUUUUGGUGGUACCACCUCAUGUGCUGGCUGCUGAGCGCUGUGGGUGUGGUGUGCAUCUUGGUGGCACACGAGCACUACAGCGUGGACGUGGUCGUGGCCUACUUCAUCACCUCCCGCCUGUUCUGGUGGUACCACACCAUGGCCAACUUACAGACUCUGAAAUGCUCGCCCAAUAACUACCUCACCAACACCUGGUGGAACCCCCUGUUUAACUUCUUGGAGAGGAACGUCCAGACCGCGGUGCCGUGCUCGUACAGUUGGCCCAUCACCUGGCCUCCAGCCUGCCUUAAGAACCCCUGCAAGAAGUACUCCAUGGUACAGAGCACACGAGAGGAGUGAUUUGACCCCGAUGCCGCAGCAGUGUUGCUUGAUAAUCCGCUCACGCGUUCAGGAACGUUGAUACCAAAUGCAUAGAAAAAGGCUCCUCAUAUUGUCUCCGUUUUAUUGCCACUGUGAUUUAUUUAUGAAAUGACGUCCCGCAAGUUGUCUUCUUUUUCUUUUUUGUAAAUGAUACUUGUAUCUGCUCCUGAAUUUCACACGUGAAAGGACAAUUUGUUGCGACAUGCUCGCAGGUUUGUUGCAGUAUUCAAAAAAAAACAAAAACGUUUUUGUUGUUGUAUUUGCCUUCACAGCUCUUCCAUACGAUAUGUACUGAUAGGGGUUUCCUUUGUAUGUCAGUGUGCUGAAGUCACAAGGUGCCUUAGUGUGUUAAAUGUUCGUAGGUGUACCAAAGCUGCCGUUAUGACUCUUAUCGUAUUUCUUUAUUCUAUGAGUUUUAUUACUAUUAUUAUUAAUUUUGUAUUCAUUUUAGAAGCCUUGAGUGUCUAUAUCCCAGCUGUAUCUCAAAAUUGUACCAUCGUAUUAAAAAUUUAAACAUU